AUGCCUCUCAGACUCGAAAUCAAGCGGAAACUUGCUCAGAGAUCAGAGAGAGUUAAGUCAGUUGAUCUACAUCCAACUGAACCAUGGAUUCUAGUGAGUUUGUAUUCAGGGACUGUGUGUAUCUGGAACUACCAGUCACAGACCAUGGCAAAAUCUUUUGAGGUCACUGAGUUACCAGUUAGGUCAGCCAAGUUUAUAGCACGGAAGCAGUGGGUUGUUGCUGGAGCUGAUGACAUGUAUAUUCGUGUGUACAACUACAACACAAUGGAUAAGGUUAAAGUUUUUGAGGCUCAUACAGAUUACAUUAGAUGUGUGGCUGUCCAUCCUACCCUUCCGUAUGUGUUGUCAUCAUCUGAUGACAUGCUUAUAAAACUUUGGGAUUGGGAGAAGGGUUGGGCUUGUACUCAAAUAUUUGAGGGACAUUCCCAUUAUGUGAUGCAAGUUACUUUUAAUCCAAAAGAUACCAACACUUUUGCAAGCGCAUCCCUUGAUCGCACCAUAAAGAUUUGGAAUCUUGGCUCUCCGGACCCAAAUUUCACUCUGGAUGCCCACCAGAAAGGAGUAAAUUGUGUUGAUUACUUUACCGGUGGAGAUAAACCUUAUCUAAUAACUGGUUCUGAUGAUCACACUGCGAAGGUAUGGGACUAUCAAACUAAAAGUUGUGUCCAGACUUUAGAAGACCACACACACAAUGUCUCUGCUGUAUGUUUCCAUCCCGAACUUCCAAUAAUAAUUACAGGUUCUGAGGAUGGGACUGUUCGUAUAUGGCAUUCAACAACUUACAGGCUUGAAAACACCUUGAAUUAUGGCCUAGAAAGAGUUUGGGCAGUUGGAUACAUGAAAAGUUCACGCCGUAUUGUGAUUGGGUAUGAUGAAGGAACCAUUAUGGUCAAGAUAGGUCGAGAAGAACCGGUGGCUAGCAUGGACAAUAGUGGAAAGAUUAUAUGGGCCAAGCACAAUGAAAUUCAAACUGUGAACAUUAAGAGUGUGGGGGCAGAUUUUGAGGUCACUGAUGGUGAAAGAUUGCCUUUGGCUGUUAAGGAGUUGGGAACAUGUGAUCUUUACCCCCAAAGCUUAAAGCACAAUCCCAAUGGGAGGUUUGUUGUUGUAUGUGGAGAUGGUGAAUACAUCAUCUAUACUGCUCUAGCAUGGAGAAACAGAUCAUUUGGUUCUGCUCUUGAAUUUGUUUGGUCUUCGGAUGGUGAAUAUGCUGUUAGAGAAAGCACAUCAAAGAUUAAGAUUUUCAGUAAAAAUUUCCAGGAAAAGAGGAGCGUUCGGCCAACCUUUUCAGCUGAGCAUAUUCAUGGAGGAACCCUGUUGGCUAUGUGCUCAAAUGAUUUCAUUUGUUUUUAUGACUGGGCUGAGUGCAGGUUGAUUAGGAGAAUUGAUGUUACUGUGAAACAUCUUUAUUGGGCUGAUAGUGGAGAUUUGGUGGCUAUUGCAAGUGAUACGUCUUUCUACAUCCUCAAAUACAAUCGUGAGAUAGUUUCGUCUUAUUUAGAUAGUGGAAAACCUGUGGAUGAACAAGGUGUUGAGGAUGCGUUCGAGCUUCUCCACGAAACCAAUGAACGUGUCAGAACUGGCUUAUGGGUUGGGGAUUGUUUCAUUUACAACAACUCCUCCUGGAGGCUUAACUAUUGUGUUGGAGGCGAGGUAACCACUAUGUAUCAUUUGGACCGUCCCAUGUACUUGCUCGGGUACCUUGCUAGUCAAAGUCGGGUAUAUUUGAUAGACAAAGAAUUCAAUGUCAUGGGGUACACUUUACUUCUUAGCUUAAUUGAGUACAAGACGCUGGUGAUGCGGGGAGAUCUGGAGAGGGCCAGUGAAGUUUUACCUUCAAUUCCUAAAGAACAUCAUAAUAGUGUGGCUCGUUUCUUGGAAUCACGAGGUAUGAUAGAGGAUGCUCUGGAAGUAGCUACUGACCCUGAUUACAGAUUUGAGCUAGCUAUACAGCUUGGUAGAUUGGAGGUUGCGAAGGAAAUUGCCAGUGAAGUGCAGAGUGAGUCGAAGUGGAAACAGUUGGGAGAAUUAGCCAUGUCCAAUGGAAAGUUGGAAAUGGCUGAGGAAUGUAUGAGGCAUGCAGCAGACUUGAGUGGUUUGCUGUUACUCUAUUCUUCCUUAGGAGAUGCUGAAGGGAUAUCAAAGCUCGGAUCCUUGGCAAAAGAACAGGGGAAGAUCAAUGUUGCAUUCCUUUGUUUGUUCAUGUUGGGCAAAGUUGAAGACUGCCUCCAGCUGUUGGUGGAAAGCAAUCGGAUACCUGAAGCUGCUUUGAUGGCACGAUCUUAUCUUCCUAGCAAGGUUUCAGAGAUUGUUGCAAUUUGGAGGAAAGACCUGAACAAGGUUAAUCCAAAAGCUGCAGAAUCUCUGGCUGAUCCUGAAGAAUAUCCAAAUUUGUUUGAUGAUUGGCAAGUUGCUUUAUCUGUUGAAUCUAGAGCUGCAGAGACAAGGGGUGUGUAUCCUCUGGCAGAGGACUACCAAAACCAUGCUGAUAAACCUAACAUCACCCUUGUGGAGGCUUUCAGAAACAUGCAAAUAGAAGAGGAGGAACCUCUCGAAAAUGGGGACUUUGAUCAUGAGACCGAAGAACUGAAUGGAGACGAACUGAAUGCUGAGGAACAGAAUGGUGAAGAAGGGAGCCAAGAGGAAGCAGUUGUGGUGGAUGCAGAUUCCACAGAUGGUGCUGUACUCGUUAAUGGAAACGAGCCUGAGGAAGAGUGGGGUACGAAUAAUGAAGGAACCCCGUCAGCCUAA